AUGGAGCCCGAUCCGCCCCACUUCCCGCCCUUCCUCUUCAACCCCUUCCCCCCCUUUCCUUUCGUGCCCUCUCCUCCCGCUCGCGCACACACCUCCGUCUUCCCUCCCCCCUUCUCUUCUCCUCCUCCCAUCGUGUGCUCCCACGGCGCCGCCUCUCCCCUCUGGUCCUCAGAUCGCCUUGAUCACUUAGAGCGGAUUUUCCCGCCGUCGCCUCUCUCCUCUGGUCCUCACCCGUCCGGCCCGUGUCGCCCGCUGUCCCCCUUCCCCUCCCCCCACCCCUGCUGUCCCCCUUCCCCUCCCCCCCACCCCCGCCGUCUCUCUUCCCUCCCACAUCCCGGCCCACGAAUCUCCAGUGGAGGGGGAGCGGGCCCCAUCGCGAAUGGCAACAGGGGGUGGCUGGUGUGGAGUGUGACCAGCAGGGAGAGAGAGUGCGGGCUUGUUGUUAGUGGAGGGGGAGCGGGCCCUAUCGCGAAUGGCAGCAGGGGGUGGCUGGUGUCGAGUGUGACCGGCAGGGAGAGAGAGUGCGGGCGGGAGAUUGUGAACGUGCUCGAUGAGUGGUGUGACAAGCUGGAGGCUGGCAAGGCGCAGGGGGAGGGGGAGGGGGAGGCACGGACUGGGGAAGGUGCAUCUGCAGGGAAGGCGAAGGGGGGUUCGUCCAUCGAUGCGCUGCUGGCGAAUGAAGUGGCAGCACUCAAGAAACAGGUGCGUGCGUGUGGAGAGGGGGUUGAGGAAACAGGUGUGUGUGUUUUGCAGCGGCUCACAGGCUCGAUUGCAAUCGUGGCCUCAGGCUACCAGGUGCCCCUGUUUUGUUCCCCUUGUGCAUCCUCGCCUCCUUGUUCCCUCCUUUCUCUUCUCUCUCCCUUCCUUGUGCAUGCCCCUCAGCCUCAGUUCAUGAUGGAAACCCUUAUCGCUCCUCCUCUCUCUCCCAUCGUCUUUCUCCCUCCCCUUGCCCCUACCGUUUGCCCUCCCCUUGCCCCUACCGUUUGCCCUCCCCUUGCCCCUACCGUUUGCCCUCCCCUUGCCCCUACCGUUUGCCCUCCCCUUGCCCCUACCGUUUGCCCUCCCCUUGCCCCUACCGUUUGCCCUCCCCUUGCCCCUACCGUUUGCCCUCCCCUUGCCCCUACCGUUUGCCCUCCCCUUGCCCCUACCGUUUGCCCUCCCCUUGCCCCUACCGUUUGCCCUCCCCUUGCCCCUACCGUUUGCCCUCCCCUUGCCCCUACCGUUUGCCCUCCCCUUGCCCCUACCGUUUGCCCUCCCCUUGCCCCUCCUGUUCGCCCUCCCCUUCACAUCCCUCAGCCUCGGUUCGUGAGUGUGGAGUCUGGGUGCAAGGCACUGCUGUUCGUGAGGAUUAGAGAGGAUGCCAGGAAGGGGGGGAAGGGAGAGAAGGGAGGAAAGCAGUUGGAGGAGGGAGAGGAGAAGGAGGAGGAGGGUGAGAAGGAGGAGGUGGGGAAGACGGAGGAAGGGGAAAAGGAGGAGGAGAAGGGUGAAGGAGACAAGGAGGGGAAGGAGGGGGAUAAGGCCGGGGAAAAGGAGCAGGAGAAAGAGCAGGAGGAAGAGGUUACAGGAGGAGGAGAGAAGGAACCGGAGAAGGAGGGACAGGGAGGGGAGGGGGAGAAAGGGGAGGCAGGGGGAGAGCAGGGAAGGGUGUCGCCGUGUGAGUUGGCAGAGGCGGUGCUGCGGCAUGCCAAGGCCACCCAGCAGUCAGCCACUCGCUUCACCCUUCGCCUGCUCCCAGUGGAAACCACGUGCUACGCCUCCCAGGAGGAGAUCGCCUCAGCCAUCAAGCCUCUCAUUGCCGCCCACUUCCCCCUGGUGGGCCAAUCAGCAAGCGACAUGUCCGAGGCCCAACCCAAGGGAGCAACGUUCGGAAUCAUAUUUGAGAAGCGAGCCAACGAAGGGCUUGAGAGAGCAGGAGUCAUUGACACUGUAGCCAAGCUGGUGCCUGCUCCGCAUAAAGUGGACCUCCGGAACCCAGACAAGACCAUCAUGCUGCAAGUGGUGAAGACCAUCUGUUUCAUCUCCAUCCUCACCGAUUUCAAGGCCCUUGCCAAGUACAACCUGCGCCAGUUGUGCCUCCCCCAGGAGGAUGCCAAGCCAGGUGCUGCUGGGGAAGCCAAGCCUGCUGCUGCUGUGGAAGCCAAGCCUGAUGAUGCUGCUGAUGCUAGCGCUAGUGAUGAUGGGGGCGAUGGUACCGGUAAUGCUGGUGUUCCUACAGCCCUGCCCGCUAUUGUUCCUGCAGCCCCAUCUGCAGCCUUCCGCACCAAACCAGGAGCAUCCGCUUUUGUAGCAGGUCCUGAGGCACAUCCUGGUGCUUAUGCAGCCCCAUCCGCAGCAGCACUUGUCGUUCCCGGUGCGGCUCCUGCUCCCACUUCUUCAGCCUCUCCGACGGCCGCCACCCCUGCUGCGGCUGCGGCCUUUGCCGCCCCCGGUGUGGCCUCUGCCGCCCCUGCUGUGGCUUGUGCCGCCCUUUCUGCCCGUGCUGUCCAGCUCGUGCAUGCAGCCCUAUCCUCUGCAGGUCCUUAG